AUGGAAGAUGUAAAAAAACGAGUGAACAUAGAUUUGGUUCGACAGGUAGGUGAAGAACAUCGAUUAUGUAGACUAAUUUCAGAUCCAGCUUUCGUUAGUCGAAAAAUUUUCUAUGGGACUAAUCUAGUAGCUGUACAUCGAAGACAGACUAAUGUAAAGUUAAAUAAACCUGAAUAUGUAGGAGCAUGUAUUCUCGAUCUUUCUAAAUAUUAUAUGUAUGAUUUCUGGUACGGAUAUCUUAAAAAGAAAUAUGGAGAUCGGGUGAAACUUUUAUAUACUGAUACAGAUUCUCUAAUCAUAGAAAUUGAGAUGGAAAAUAUAUAUCAAGACAUGAUUGAUGAUUGCGAUUUAUUCGAUUUUAGCGAUUACCCUAAAGACCAUUGGGUAAUAAAGAAUCUUCCAGAAGAUCAAUGGAUAAUUAACGAAGAAGAUAAGCGAGUUCGUGCGAAAUGCUAUAGUGUUGUGUGUGAAAAUUCACGAAAAAAUAUGAUCAAGGCUAAAGGUCUUAAAAAGUCUCUCAUCAAGAAAGAGCUUUCAUAUAAAAUAUUCGAGGACUGUGUUUUAGAAGGGAAAGAAGAUCAACCACGAACUGCUCAAUUCCUCCGAAGUUACAGACAUCGAAUGUAUAGAAUAAAGCAAACAAAGAGAAGUGUUAAUCCACUAGAUACGAAAUUGUGGAUAGCUAAUGAUAAUAUAACGACAUAUUUAUAUGGUGAUUGUGAAAUUCCAGAAGAAUAA